CCUGUCUAUUCUUUGAGGGGACUGCUCAGAGGAAAGAAGAUAACUCAGUUUUACAGAGAAAGUGAGAGAGUCUUUGGAAGCCAACGCUUGCACUUCAGCUCACUCCUCAAAUACGUGGGACCAUUUUGUCUUCUGUGGGUGAUAGCUAACUACUCUUAUGUGCGAGCCCUCGGGGUCAUUCGGGCAGCGGAUGUUACGGCUCUGUUUUCCUCUUGCAACGCUUUUGUUUAUUUAUUCUCCCUGAUUUGGCUGCAGGAAAGGCUCGGAAUUGUUAAGAUUUCAGCAGUCGCACUUUGUGUUGGAGGGAUAGUGAUGAUGGCUUAUGCAGAAGGAUUUGCAGGACCCAACGUUGUUGGUGUAAUAUUGUCCGUAACUGCAGCAAUCGCAGCUGCUUUGUAUAAGGUCUGGUUUAAAAAGAUCAUUGGGGACGCUACAUUAGGUCAAGUUUCUCUGUUCCUGUCCUGCCUCGGUCUACUGAGCACUGUAUUUCUUUGGGCACUGAUAGUCAUAUUUCAUUAUACGCGCUGGGAAGAAUUCAAAUGGGAAAAUAUCCCCUGGAAAUAUCUCUGUGGAAAUGCAGUUCUAGGAAUGAUAUUCAACUUCCUGAUAAACUUUGGCAUCGCUUUUACGUACCCUUUGUUCAUCUCUCUUGGCACAGUCCUCGGUAUUCCUAUCAAUGCUGUGACAGAUUACCUCUUCCGAGGAGCAACGUUUGGCAGUUAUAAAAUAGUUGCUGCAUUUUCCAUCGUGAUUGGUUUUAUGUUUAUGCUGUUACCAAAAGAGUUGGAAGAAACUCUGCAGGAAGUAUUUUGUUGUCGGAAGAGAGAGCGGAUCUUAAAUUGAGAUUACGUUUGUUGUGUGAAACAACAGUUUAAUGGGCCAAUUUCGAUAUAUUAAAAUUCAAAAUUGGCUCCGAGACUUGGGAGAAAAAAAAAAUAAAGAAUCCAUAGCGAGGUCCAGGGUUGAAAAAUUUAUAUCUUUUGUUUUAUUUCCCC